AUGGCAUUCAGACCAACUCAGUCCCGCGCCUUCUUCCGCACCCUCAGAAACCUGAUUCGCGAGGAGCAUCCUUUCGCACGCAAUACUGCCACUCUACUUCCACACGCUCAUGACAACUCGCUACUCAUGCGUCGCACCGUGCGCACUGCAACCACAUUCAUUCCCUUCUUUAUUACUGUACUAGGCUGGCCCUGGAUGGCAGCAUCCGUACUCAGAAAAACUGGCAUCUGA